ACCACCUGCGUAGCCCUGCCACCCAGCGUGGCACAGCGCCCCCGGCGCCCCCCGCCGGCCUCCGCCUGCACCUGCAGCGGCUCCGCGCGCCCUGCCCGCCGCCGCCGCCGCCGCUGCCGCCGCCUCCAGCUCGCAGCGCCUUGGUCGCCCAGGACAGAGUGGCUGUGCGCUCCCGUGGCGGACCCAUCGCUAGACGCCCCUGGGUCAGUGGACUCUAAGAGUGUUGCUCCGGCAUCCAGCGCCCCCAAAGAUGAACGUGAGAAGGGUGGAAAGCAUCUCCGCUCAGCUGGAGGAGGCGAGCUCCACAGGCGGUUUCCUCUACGCCCAGAACAACACCAAGCGCAGCAUUAAAGAGCGGCUCAUGAAGCUCUUGCCCUGCUCAGCUGCCAAAACGUCGUCUCCUGCUAUUCAAAACAGCGUGGAAGAUGAACUGGAGAUGGCCACUGUCAGGCAUCGUCCUGAAGCCCUGGAGCUGCUGGAGGCCCAGAGCAAAUUCACCAAGAAAGAGCUUCAGAUUCUUUACAGAGGAUUUAAGAAUGAAUGCCCCAGUGGUGUUGUUAAUGAAGAAACUUUCAAGGAGAUUUACUCACAGUUCUUUCCACAGGGAGACUCCACAACAUAUGCACAUUUCCUCUUCAAUGCAUUCGACACGGACCACAAUGGAGCUGUGAGCUUUGAGGAUUUCAUCAAAGGUCUUUCCAUUUUGCUUCGAGGGACAGUACAAGAAAAACUCAACUGGGCAUUUAAUUUGUAUGACAUUAACAAAGAUGGCUACAUCACUAAAGAAGAAAUGUUGGACAUAAUGAAAGCAAUCUAUGACAUGAUGGGGAAAUGCACAUACCCUGUCCUCAAGGAAGAUGCUCCCCGACAGCAUGUGGAGACAUUUUUCCAGAAGAUGGACAAAAAUAAAGAUGGUGUCGUUACCAUAGAUGAGUUCAUUGAAAGUUGCCAAAAAGAUGAAAACAUAAUGCGCUCCAUGCAGCUCUUCGAAAAUGUGAUCUAGAAUGUCAGCACCUCCUCCACGGACGAGGCAAAUGUGAACGCCUACACACGAGUCGAAGCCACCACUUCUAGCAUAGACUGCUCAGCUUUACACUGAGGCAUAUUAUGCAAACAGCUUUGUUUUACUAUAAAACAACCGCCACCACCACCCCAAAUUUAAGUUUUCCAGUUACAAAUCUGCAUCCACGUCACUGUGGUCAUGAAAUGUGCUAACUUACUUCACACUCAAAAGGCACAGAAUCUGGAAUAGCUUUGAUCCUCAGCCACGUGUUACUGAGGCUUUCGCAGAUCAGUGAUUUUAAAACACCAGUGGGUUUUCCUACUUGUUUGUAUGUAUUCAGCCCUGGAUUUUAAAUGGUUUUCUAAAAUAUUUACAUCUGCAUUUAACUUCCAGAAAGCCAAUGUACUUUCACUUAAUUCAAUUCAUGUAAUAACAAAAAAAGAAACAAAGAUUACUACAAUUUAAAAAAGACCAAAAAGACAGUCCCAAUUUCUAUGGCUUCUCCACCUGCUGUUAAAGACAUUAAUGUAUUUGGCAUUUUUUUUAAAAGAACACUUAAAAAAUUAGUUUAUUAUCAGAUGUUAGCAUAUACCUAAUAAAAUUAUUUUAGUAUUUGUUAAUUUUCCAUACUCAAGCCAAGGCUCUAUAUAAUCCAUGUAACUUUGGACCUGUUUAAUCUUACAUGUAGACUGUUUUGUAUUGUAUUAUGAAGUAGAAAUUCAAAGUGUCAAACAAACCAAGGAUGUUUACAGACGUGCCAAGGGUCCGGAUGUCUGUCCUGCAAUGCCUAGUGACGCUUAUUAACAAGUAACCCUAACAGCAGUAAAGAGCAAUCCUAGCUACCCCCAAGUCCAUUAAUGUUCUCACAGCAUGUUUAUCAUAUGUAAGCCAUUCAGGGACAGAGAAUCCUUGACUGCCCCAAAGCCUACUAGGAAUAAAGAUCAAGCAAAAUAUUCUUUGAAAACACCAGUGAUUCUAUCAUAUUGGAAAUUAUACUAAGAUUGUAUAGAAAAUGAACGUGAGAUUGACAGUUCAUCUGAAUUGCAUUAUGAUUUAGCACAUCAUAUAGCUCAAAGGAUUCACAUUCCUUUCAGUGAUCUUAAGCCAAAACUGUAGAGUUGCCACAACAGUACUAUAGAUAUACACAUCUUCCCAGUUUCGUAGAAAGACAAGAACCAAGAGGACACAGGAGGAGAAACUUUGCGACUGUCUGCAACAAUAAAUCAGGUAUCUAUUCUGGUGUAGAGAUAGGAUGUUGAAAGCUGCCCUGCUAUCACCAGUGUAGGAAUUAAGAGUAGUACAGUACAUGUACAGAAAUCUGCCAUCACGUGUUUGUGUAAACUCAAUGUGCACAUUUUGUAUCUCAAAAAGGAAAAAUAAAAGCAAAAUAAAGUGUUUAUUACUCUA